UCAUGGGUUGUGUGUAUAUAUAUAUAUACACACAUUAGUUUUACAAUCAUAAAAGCAUUAUUUUCAUUUACUUCAUCUAACUGAGUUUGUAAUUCUUUUGAUUAUAUGCCAUCACCUUAUAAAAUGGCCAUGUCUUCAGCCACUGAUCGUACCUGCUGCUCUGAAUGUCAAGAAUUUGUUUCAAAUGAUGGAGACAUACACAUAGAAUCAAGACGAGAGUGUGGUAAGUUUGUUAGUGAUACAAAGGGUCUUGGUAGUCACCUUAGAAAGAUGUUUCAUAGACGAGAUACGCAAAAUCCUAGUUCAAUGAGUAGUCAUGAGAAGUCAACCCUUGAGUCAAUAAGAAAUUGGGAAACAACAAAAGGAAAGCGUGCACUUCUUUGUGGUGUAACUUAUGAAAGACAGAAGUAUAAACUUAAAGGAACCUAUCAUGACGUGAUAAGCAUGCAAGAUCUACUAAUAAAACGGUUUGGGUUUCCAAGUCGCUCUAUCCAUAUUCUUGCAGAAAUGGACCAGUACUUUCAUCCAACAAAAAGAAAUAUCCAAGAAGCUUUGAGGUGGCUUGUAAAGGAUAACCACGAAGGGGACUCGCUAGUGUUCUAUUUCUCAGGUCAUGGGUUAAGGCAACCUGACUUUUACGAUGAUGAGAUUGAUGGGUUUGACGAAACAAUAUGUCCUUUAGAUUUUAGGACUGCAGGAAUGAUCGUUGAUAACGAGAUCAAUGAUACCAUUGUUAGACCUCUCAAAAAAGAUGUCAAACUUCAUGCGAUCAUCGAUGCUUGUCAUAGUGGAACAAUUCUUGAUCUACCAUACGUCUAUAGCAGAAAAGAGUAUGAUUGGUUAGAUAACAACCCUCCUUCUGGUGUUUACAAAGGUACUAGUGGAGGACACGCCAUUUCUAUCAGUGCGUGCGAAGAUAAUCAACUUGCUGCAGAUACAUCUGCUUUCUCAAACGGUGGAAAGCAAAUGGAAGGUGCUAUGACUUACACUUUCAAGAAGGCAGUUUGGGAGAACACAACAAGACUGACUUAUGCUAGUCUCUUGGCUUCCAUGCAUAGAGAUAUAUUGAUAGCCAAACAAAAAUGUUUCAGUCUUCGAGGGAUAUUUCACCGUGACAGACUACAGGUAGAUCCAGGGUAUACUUACUGAUCCUACGGGCUUAUUGAACAUUCAGGAACCCCUGCUAUCAUCUUCGAAAGUAUUUGAUCUAAACGAGCCGUUUGUAUUAUAAUUUCAUCACACCAAGGGGCCCCAAAGCUAACUUUGCAAUAAAACGGAUGUGUAUCCAAAUCCAGCUUUCAGAACCUGAAGAGUGUUCCCAGACAUCAACUAUAAUCAUCUAUUCUUACAAACUUAUAGAUACAUGAGGUCUCCCGCAGUACACUUACAUCCAGGUUUAAAGCGGGUUGUACUAAUGUAUAAGGAAUUCUUUUUACCACAUCGGGUGUUAAUUCUAUUUUGUUGGUUUGAUGUGUUAUUUGUGAGUGCCAUGGGCAUCUGCUUCUGUAUCUGAAUGUAUGAAAAGGGCAACUAAUAAUAGAUUCGUUUCACUAUUCUUAGGUAACUACUUAUCAUGUAGAAUCACAUUUGUUGUUAUUGGCUUAGUUAAUGUCAA